AAAGUCCGAUUUGGGUUUAGAAAGGCCUGGACUAGACUAAUAGUUAAUUAAGGUUUGUUAAAAUGGAAAUGAAUAUACAUAGCAUGAUACAAGAAAGCCCUUUUAGCCCUAAAAGUGCCACGGCUCUUUUACUGAUAGCCAGAAUACGUGACUGGAGACAGUUUUUAGCGUCUUGUCUUAUCGUCUUAUCUGUUCUGCAGAUGUAGAAAAAUCCUGUCUGAUGUGGCCGUACCUAUUAAGUUAUACCUUGCGAAAUGGGAGAAUUGAUCAUCGAUAUGUUCCGAUGAUUCCGAUAAGUCAGCGAAAUACCGUGACAUAUCUAUCGAUACUAUCGACUCAUUUGAACGGUCUGAUCUCGCCCCGCCAAAUCACAGAGCAUGCGUAGCCUCGACGUCUUCUGGCUCUUCCAUCAAGUUUGCGGUUAGCAGCCGCCUACCAACUUGGCUAACUUCUUGAAUCGUAUCGCUCUGCUCUUCUCCGACUGCAUUGCAUUUGCACACUCGGUGGCGCGCGUUUGGCCUGGCUUGACUUCUUCAUUUUCAAAUCCGUUUUCUCUGGCAAUUUUUUUUCCGCAUAUUUCUAAAACGUGUGAAGCGAGCGCGCAUGCGUAGUGGCAAUAAUCAGCCAAUUCCAAAAUUGCGGUUCUCUCAGUUAUUUUUCCCCAUUUGAAUUGACCGCAAAAUUGUACGACACGACCAGACGCGACCAGAUUCUCUUCUCGCACUCGGAGUAGGCCAAUUACGACACGCCCACUGCCCCACCCCCUCUCUGGCACUCUGCCACACGCUUCAUCAACUGGGCACAACAGCAGCAACAGGUGUUGGUCGAUCCAGCAGGUAGCAUCAUCAUUUGCGGUUUUCAUCGCCGGGGCGGGCCUGGGCCGGCGGCAAACGGGAAAUCGGAAACAUGUUCUUCUUCUCCUUCUUCUUUGGCUUUGGCCUCCACCGCGGGCUGCUGCCACUUGCCGCCGUUAUCGGCCUGCUGCAUCUGCCGCAAUUUGUGUGUCAUGCUAGCUGGGCAACCAGAACGACGCUAACCGCCGCCACUACCACCGUCACUGCCACUUCCACUGACGCCUCCCCAUCCACCAGCCCAGCCCAAGCCCCAACCCCAACCCUAGCCCCAUCUGCAGUCCCAUCUAUGCAAAUCCAGCGGCUGCAAGUGAACUGCAGUAGGGAAAUGCUGGAUAUGCAGCUGCUGCUGAGCCGACCCUUUCGCGGCCUGCUCUAUGCCAAGGACUUUCCGCUGGAGUGUCGGUCCAGCGGCAAAGACUCCACUCACCUGCAGCUGCGCAUCCCCACCUCCGGCUGUGGCGUACGUGCCGAUCCCCUAGCCGACGGCGGCAUAGAGUACACCGUGCGGGUGAUGCUCCAGAUGGAGCAAAAGCUGCGCCAAAGCACGGACAUCCUCAGCUCGGUUAGGUGUCAGUUGCCGCCCAAGGCCAUGGGCAUGCCGCUGCCUGGAGUGCCAGGUCUGCGGACGGACAGUGGUCGGGAGAGGAAUGCAAGAAUGCGUGCCUUGGCUGCAGCGUCUGCCAUCCAUCUGGCCUCCUCUACGGUCCCAUCUACAGUGGCUCAUCAUCAUCAUCAUCAUAAUCAACAUAUGGACACGCCGCGCGUUCGGAUUUGGCUUGAACUGGGCGGUCCCAAUGGCACUGGCUCUGUGGAGGUGGGCGUGCCUACCACCCUAACCGUACGCGCCAUUGUACCCGGCACAAUCGGGGUCCGUGUGGUGGAUUGUGCGGCACUCGAUGGACUGGGAGAGUCCACGCAGCAGUUGCUCGAUGCACGCGGCUGUCCCAUUGACGAGCAGGUAAUGCCCGCUCUACACAUACACCACAAGCCCGCAGAGGAGGGCUGGUCAAAGCAGCACGAGGAAGAUCUGGUCGAGCGCACUUUUGCGGCCACAUUUCCCGCCUUCAAGUUUCCCGAUCGCGAGCGCCUUCAUGUCAGCUGUGGCGUGCAGCUAUGCAAGGGGAAGUGUCCGAAUUUGAAUUGUCGCCUCGCCGAGCAGCAGCAGCAGCAGCUGCAACUGAGUGCCGACCAGCACCUGGCACGCAUCGAGGUGUUCAACUCGCUGGCCGUGACUGCGCCGCAGAUCGAAGUGGAUCGCCUGCGCUACGACCGGCGGUACAACAUGAGCGUGGAGGACUAUCCACCCCAUGUGCGGCCCCUGCCGGGUGAGGGCACUCUCUGCCUGUCCAUCUCCAAGCUGGCCAUUUCGUUCUGUAUUCUUGGAUUGAUCUUCCUGGUGGCCGUCAUUGUGGCCAUCUUUUCACUGAUACGGACCCGUCGCCGAGAGCGUCGUCAUGGCGCUCGAUUGGGCUUCGGCUUGGGACUCGGACUGGGCAGUGGCACUGGCACUGGCACGGGUACGGGCAUAGCCGGAACGAGCACAUCGAACAGCAGCAGCCGCCUACAUCGGGAUCGUGCCGAAAUCUGCACAUCAAUGUUCUCCUCGAGCAGCGAAUCGGCCCAGUCCCAGCCCCGCUUUGGGGGCAAGUUUUUAAUGCCGUAUUAUCCCAAUGCCCUGCCCUAUGGCCGGGUCUAUUAGUUUGUUCUAGAUUAGGCUACGUUACGCUUCCCAUAGACUGAUGUGGCGUUAAUCUUCAAAAUUCGUCUAACGAGUAUCGUACCAAAUUAAGUCUUAACUUUAAAAACACUUAAAAACGUCUACAAUAAGUGGAAAAGACCUUGAAAGCGUUUUCUAAUUGUGGUUAAAAUGUAUUUUGAUGUCUUUUCGUUACUUUAUGUUAAGAACCUUCAUUUAAUUAGCCUUUAAAUAAUUGAAUAAAAUUAAAUUUGAUUUUCG